AUAAAUUUUAAAAUAUUAUUAUGAAAAUAUCAUUACAUCAUCAUGAUAAAUAUUAAAAUAUCGUUAGUCGUGCGACCGUGGCCAUCCAAUAUAAACAAAUAAUGGUCACAAAUAGUAAUUAAGAUAUUGUUUAUAAUUAAUAAGUUAUCUUGACCUGUUAAAUUAUUAUACUUAUCAGAUGCAAUUGCAUUGGACGUGCAUCACUAAAAUGAAAGUUAUAGUAUUGGGGGCUGGCAUUAAUGGAAAUAUUUGUGCAUUAAAAAUUAAAGAAAGGUAUCCAGAAGUGGAUGUAACGAUAUUAGGAGAACAGUUCUCGCCAAAUACAACGGGCGAUGGAUCCGGUGGUCUGUGGUACCCUUACCUGUGUGGGAACACAUCGGCACAUUUAAUAAGCAAAUGGGGUAUUGAAACUUACGAAUUAUUCCAAAAAUUGUGGUCUGAAGGUGGCUAUGGUAUCACGUUGCAACCUGUCUUCGUAUUUUAUAGAAAUACACCAAAUGAUGAACCGGAGUGGACAAAAAAAGUAUAUGGCUACAGAAAACUUAAUAAACAACAAGUAGACUAUUACAACCAGUUGUAUUCAGCUAAAUUCGUCACUGGCAACACAUUCACAACUUUUGUCGUCAAUCCUUCAACGUUUUUGUUUCGGCUGGAGCAACGGUUGAGAGAUUUGAAUGUUACGAGGAUUCAGGGAAGCGUGAAAUCAUUACAGGAUCCAAGACUAGAUAAUUACGAUGUUGUUUUUAAUUGUACUGGUUUAGGGGCAAGAGAAAUAGUCCCCGAUACCAGGGUAAUUCCCGUAAGAGGUCAAAUUGUUAAGGUUGAAGCACCAUGGAACUUUCAAACAAUAAUGGACAAAGAUUCAGGACAUUAUAUUAUACCAAACGAUUCAUUUUGCGUGUUGGGCGGCACCGGACAAAAGGGAAAUUUCAAUACAAAUGUUAAUCAGGACGAUACAGAUUUCAUUUUAGGAGGUUGCCAGACAGUGCUGCCAUCUCUUCAGAAUGCGAAAAUAUUGAAAUACUUUGUUGGCUUGCGACCAGGCAGGGAUGAAAUACGUUUAGAGGCUGAAGAAAUUAAUGGCAAACUGUACAUUCACAAUUACGGCCACGGUGGCAGUGGUUUUACACUCUUCUGGGGUUGCGGUAAUGAUGUUUUACAUCUAUUUGAAAAACAUUCAAAAGAUAUGAUGAAUAAAAGCAAACUUUAAAUAGCAUGAGAUUGAAUUUUUUAUUAAAUGUUAUUUAUAACUUCAAUAUAUACCUAGUAUG